UUUCAAACAAAUUUUAAUCAAAUGUGAGAAACAUUUUUGAAUACUGAUCUAAUACAUAGCAAGUUUCUAAUUCUCAGACACCAUAUAUUUUGCUAGCCAGGUGUCAACACUAUCUCCAACUUUUAAUGGCGCAAAGAAUUAAGCAGUAACCUAAUCUCGGCCAAAUGAUUUUAUUUUGUAUAUUUGACUGGAAAUCUAUAUGCUGACUUUAUUCAAUUGUUCACAUCCAAUAUUUUGAUCUUCAAAAAUUACUGGCACAAAGUAUAUUUAAUAUGAAAUACUAUGUUUUAGAAAUAAUGCCAAUGAGUUUUACAGGCUAAUUCUCGUUUUUAUUCUUAUCAUCUCCUGUCUGUUUGGGGUGUGGUGGGUAUUCUAAAAUUUUUUAGUCUUGUGUGACAGAUAAUUUUCUUGUCUCUCCUACACAGCAAAUUGCAAUUUGCUGUUGAAACACUGGCCUAAAUUACUAUUUUUGUUUGGCUACCCUAAAGGGAUAAUGAGUAAUUAAAUGUUCUAUAAAGAAUAUGCAAGUUUCUUAACGUUCCUUGAUUGUUUAGGUCAACUCAACAUUCAUAACAUUCAAUAAGGAACUGUUUAAAAACAUAGAGUUCUAGACCCUAACUCCAGUGAUUCUGAUUACAAGGGUGGGGUGGGUCCCAUAAGUUUUUCUCAGAUAUGUAAGUUAGGAUGGCUACUAUACAUUUAGAACGUUUGAAUUGGUUUAGAUAUUUACUAGUAAGGUUUUUUUUUUGGGGGGGGAGGGGUUCAGUCUUUGAAUAAAGGAAACAAAUUCCUGAGGCAUGAGAUAAAAUUUCCUUAAAUCCAAACUGUUUUCUUGGCAAAUAAUCAUAGUAGCUCAACUAAGUUAACUGUAAACUGCAUCUGUUUUGACUGAGUUGAUACACUCAGGAUAACUGCGAGGAAUUAAUAAUUGAUUUUUCUUUGGUCCCAGGGUUCUGGCCUCUCAAGAGGGCAAGGGUCGCCCCAGAACUGCCCUUGGAGCUCCGGGGAGGGUUUGCGUCACUUGCGUUAUCAAAGGCAAAGCGUCCAGCAGGACACUCUGCAAGGGUCCUGAUAGGAAAGCGAGUGGGCGUCAAAGUAGGCCAGGACCGAAGCGUUAGAGGCGGCUGGCCCCCCAAACUUCCACGAGCCCUUUGGUGAAGUCAGGGCGGCCCUGAAACAGUGCAGGGGGCAGGUUCUGACCCGCUGAGAUCUCGCUGCGAGCCUUGUCUGCUCCGCCGCCCCUCUAAGAACCAAGCGCCCGAGGGCCGGCCCACCCCGCGGCUCCGUUCAGGACAGGCUGCGCGGGCCGGGCUGCAGCGGCGGGCGGGCUCCCUCCUCUCGGCCGGCUCUCCGGUCCUCUCGCCGCGAACAUGUCCGCCAAGGCCGACGUCGGUUUAGUGCGGGAGGCCUCCAGGCAGAUCGUGGCCGGCGGUUCUGCAGGUCUGGUAGAAAUUUGCCUGAUGCACCCCCUCGAUGUGGUGAAAACCAGGUUUCAGCUUCAGAGAAGCACAGCUGAUCCGAACAGUUACAAAAGCUUAGGAGACAGCUUUCGAAUGAUUUUCCGAACAGAGGGGUUGUUUGGCUUUUACAAGGGAAUUCUGCCACCCAUCUUAGCAGAAACUCCUAAAAGAGCAGUAAAGUUUUUCACCUUUGAACAGUACAAGAAAUUGCUAGGAUAUGUGUCACUGUCACCAGGAUUGACCUUUACCCUUGCUGGAUUGGGAUCUGGACUCACAGAGGCCAUCGUGAUUAACCCUUUUGAGGUGGUAAAAGUUGGCCUGCAAGCCAAUCGGAACGCAUUCACAGAGCAACCCUCUACUUUGACUUAUGCAAGAGAAAUCAUUAAGAAGGAUGGUUUGGGACUGCGAGGCCUCAACAAAGGAUUUACAGCAACAUUGGGACGUCAUGGCGUUUUCAACAUGGUGUAUUUCGGCUUCUACUUCAAUGUCAAAAACAUUAUUCCUGUCAAUAAGGAUCCAACCUUAGAGUUCUUGAGAAAUUUUGGGAUUGGUCUUCUCUCGGGGACAAUAGCUUCAGUCAUUAAUAUCCCUUUUGAUGUUGCCAAAAGUCGGAUUCAAGGGCCUCAACCAGUUCCUGGAGAGAUCAAGUACAGAACCUGUUUUAAAACAAUGGCAACAGUCUACCAGGAAGAAGGGAUUUUUGCUUUAUACAAAGGCCUGCUUCCCAAGAUUAUGAGACUUGGACCAGGAGGUGCGGUGAUGCUGCUGGUUUAUGAAUACUCCUAUUCAUGGCUGCAGGAGAACUGGUGAUUUUUGAGGAAACGUUUUCUCUGGAGAUAAUGGAUAUUUGCUCUCUAGCACCAUGAAGGGGAGACGUUAUUGAUCAGCUCAGCUAGGUAUACAGUGAAGAAGGGGAAAAACAGCUUGGUCAAGAACAGCUUGGCACUUUAGAUUUUAUCUUUAGGCAAUGUGAGGUAGUAGUUCAAGAUAUAUAAAUGAUAGAGGAAAUACAGAGAUGAGAAAUGAUAGAUGGUAAAGAAAGCAUGAACCAAUAAGAUACACUGUGAAAAGUUAUAUGAAACAAUUAGGUAUAUAAAUUGAAUAUUAAAAUAGCAUAGAUAUCAGAUAUAUUUCACAAGAGCAAUAUAAAAUUUGUGAAAAUUAACAGGAAGCACUGAGGUGUUUGAGUAAAAUAUUAAAAUAGUAUAUAAACUCCAGCUAAGGAAUGUAAACAUUAUGAACUGCAGGGAUCUACAGAAUGGAAAGGCAUCAAGAGAUGGGUGGGGGGAAAGGGAUGGAAGGGACAAGGGAUGAAAACAGGAAUUAAGAUGUGUUAUGCAAAUGUAUCAAUUUCCCACAAGGGACGUAAACAUUAUGUACUACACUAAUAAAUGAAAAUGAUAAAAAAUAAUCAAUAAAAAGCCAUGUAAGCUUUGUCUCCUUUACUGCCUCACAAUGCAAAUUCAUUGCAGUGUUGUUUUUUCUAAAAGGCAUGUAUAUGCUUAAAAUUCUCGACAUCAAAUUAUCCUGUGGCUAACUCUUUAAGAAUUGUUUUCAGAAACACUGGACCUGGACCCCCCCCCAAAAAAAGCUGAAACUGAAGCGUUUUUCAAAUAAUUAUUUUCCUAUAAACAUUUUAAAAGCAGAAAACAUGUCUUCAAGGUACACUAAAAUGGCCUUUAAAGAAUACUUAAUUUUAUGAGUGCUAUGCUAAAAUGUAAAUCUGUUGGUUUUCUUUAGUAAUAAUAUAUCUCAGCUUUAUUUUCUUAGCUGUACUUCAUAUUUCACAUGGUUACAUAGGUAUUUUUAAGUCAUGCUAUCUGAAGGUUUUGA